UCUCUGUCUGACGACAAGCAGCUCAUCAAGACAAGCAGCUCAUCAUCACAGCAGCUCAACACAUCACUAACCACAGCACCACAGAAGAAGAGAUGGCCCAGAUCAGAGCCCCUGUUAUUGUGCUGCUUGUGCUCCUGGCUGUGGGGCUGUUUGCUGCCAAGGCUUCUGCAGCUAAACAAGGUUUUCCUACAGGCUGUUGUACACGUUACUCCCAGGGUAGGAUAGACAUUGGUCUCAUCCGUGGCUUUUCCGUACAGACAGUGAUGGACAACUGCAACAUUGAUGCUAUCAUUUUCCACACGGUCAGCGGGAGAUUCCCAUGUGUGGAUCCCAGCAAGGGCUGGGUUAUGAAAGCUGUUCGCAAGCUGAGGGAGAGAGCGGAACGAUUGAACAAGAGAAAGUCAUAGGAAUAGUUGUCAUCACAAGGGGACGAAGACGUCGUGUUGCUGUCUUCAUUGACGGAGGAGAAUGCAAACAUGCUGGAACCCUGCUAUCUCUAAGUUUAUCCAACUACCUGAGUUUUAUCAGACAUUUUUCUGUACUGAAAAGUAUAAUAAAUGAAGAAUAUAAGCAACGCGGAGCACCUGGACACAGCCCUUAGCCGUGGGACAUUGGCCACAUAUGACAAACCCCCGAGGAGCCUUAUUGCUAUUAUAAACUGGUUACCAAUAAUUAGAGCAGUAAAAAUAUUAUUUAUUGUCAUACCGAUAGUAUACGAUCUGACAUACCACAGCUGUCAGCCAAUCAGCAUUCAGGGCUGGAACCACCCAGUUUAUUAUUUUAUAUAACCUAUUUGUAUAUUAAAUUAUCUCUGUGUUGGCAGAGUUUAAUGAUGUAAUCUUGUUCUAUGAGCAUCAGAAAUCGCACGUUUUAACCCUUUUAUUCAUAAAGGUAUUGUGUAUGAUCAGAUCAUUG